AUGCAGUCAACCACAACUCGCCUGGUCAACAGACAGGCGGAGAUGGAGAGAGAUGAGGACUUCGAAGUAGAUUGGGUUCUGCUCUUUGAUUUUGAGGAUCUCGAGAUUCAUCAUGCAACUGACAAAUACCACACCUUGAUCCGCGAUAUCGAAGCCUUUGGCCUGGAAGCAGAAGUUCGACACGGUCAUGGCACUACCCUGCUUACUCUGAUUCGCAUUCCUCGCAACAAGCUGGGCAACGAAGUCUACCGCUCGCGCGUCAAGGACUGGCUAUUUGGUAUCACCCAUGUCCGACCUCUCGGAGACAGUUCCACAGUCGUUGACGCUGCAACCCCUUCCGAAGAAAUACGUUCGGUGUUCCACUUGGUUACCUGGACGAAAGAGCAAGGCGGUGCAGGAGUAACAGCGAACUUUGGACAAUGGAGACACGUUACAGCGUCAUUCUCACCACAUGCUUGGACAGCGAACAAACGGUUGCUAAAGCAGUUGUCCUCCAAAAUCGUCCUUAGAGCAGAUGACUUGGACCAGAUCAAGGCACUGUUUGGAGAAAAGGUCUCGUUACAUGACGUCGCAUUCUACUACGCCUUCAUACAAGCUUAUUCGCUGUUCCUUAUCGUACCUGCAACAUCCGGGACUCUGUUCUGGCUCUUUUCGAGGCCCUACUCUAUCACGUUCGGGAUAGUAACAUGUGUCUGGAGCAUCGUGUUUGUCGAGUGGUGGAAGAGACAGGAGAUCGAUCUAAGCAUUCGCUGGGACGUCAAAGGCGUUGGUGCUCUCAAGGUGAACCGGGUCCAAUAUGCCUGGGAAAAAGAAGAGAUCGAUUCAAUCACUGGCGAAGCGAGGAAGAUAUUCCCUGCUCACAAGCGGGCGGCGAGACAACUCUUGUUUCUACCUUUUGCUGCGCUAGCUGGUGUGGCGCUCAGCAGUGUUCUUAUGGUCACUUUUCUCGCCGAAGCCAUCAUUUCAGAUGUAUAUGGCGAGGAGCUGGCAAAUUUUUGGGCUGUACAAUACCUCCCAACGAUCCUUCUCGCCGUGUCUCUGCCAUACAUUACCGAGUUUCUGACAUCCAUUGCUUUAAGACUGUCGGAGUACGAGAACCAUCGCACGAAUGACGAGUUCGAACUGGCUCAAGUCCAGAAAGCUUUCGUUCUCAACUUCGUCACUUCCUUCCUCCCGCUCAUCUUGACUGCUUAUGUCUAUGUGCCUUGCGGGUCGAAGCUUUUACCAAAUUUCUUGCCGACAUCCUUACAGUCGCGUGUUCCGGUCAAGAACUUCCACAUCGAUGCUCACCGCUUACAAGAAGAGGUCAUCUCGCUGUCUCUGGCGGGUCAGGUCAUAAACUUUGGCGAGGAGUUUGUUUUGCCGUUCCUGAAGCGACACCUCCUGGAAGCAUACCGCCGCUACAAAGACGCACAACAAGGAAAAUCACUUCAUCAGCGUAUGCAUUCCGAAUACACCAAAACUCUCCUUGUAGACGCGCCGCAAGAAGAAAGUCUUCUUUCCCGACUUCGCGCUGAAGCAACUGCCACGCCCUAUGACGUACAAGAGGACAUCAUGGAGAUGUGCGUUCAGUUCGGCUAUCUCGCCAUGUUCGGCAUUGUAUACCCACUCAUGCCUCUGGGUUUCUUGAUCAACAACUGGAUCGAGCUACGCGGCGACUUCUUCAAACUCAUCAGCGAAUCACAACGUCCACCCCCCAUCCGCUCAGACUCCAUCGGUCCUUGCAUCUCUGCUUUGGAGUUCUUGACAUGGCUAGGCAGUCUAUCUACGGCCGCUUUGCUGUACAUGUAUGGGGGCAACAGCGAUGUGACUGACAUCCAUCUUGGUGGCUUGCUACUCACCGUCUUCAUCGCCGAACAAGCCUAUCUGGCAACGAAGCUCACCAUCCGCUUCAUCUUCGACAAAAUCGGCUCUGAAGCUGUAAGGACUGAAGAAGCGACCCGCCGCUUGGUUCGCAAACGCUACCUCGAGACUUUUUCUGACGAAGUUGCUGGUGCAUCUGUUCGUCAGGAAGCUCAUACAUAUACUACUCUACAUAAACGAUGUGCUCCUGUCAUCUCUGACGUAGAGGAUAGUAAGGAAGCUUUGCCUGUUAUUUCCGAGGUAGAGGAAACAGUACGCGUGAGGAGCGAGUAUAAGACUGAACGAGCAGAAAGGUUUUGGAACCAGAGAAAAGAGUUUAUGGGCACUGCGGAGGCAGGGGUGAGGCUGAUUGUCGCAAUCAAGGCCUUUCUCAUCAAUGUCGCCACAUAA